AUGAGUGGUGUUUCCUUUGUGUCUGAGGCCGAACUUGACGAAAUACGUGAUAAAAGACAGAAAGAGUGGGAGAAAGUAAGAAAAGAAGAUGAUCCUCUUGGUAAGUGCUAAGUCGUUAUUUAACUUUAUUGGCAAAAGAUGCAAUUGUAAACAAAGUGUGCACAGACUUCCUCUCUGAAAUAAAUCCUAUUUUGAACUGCAGAUGAAGAUCUGAAAGUGAACAUGAUCUUUAGAAUGAACAACCUAAGCAGUUGAAAAAGAACCUGAAAAUAUUCAGGCUUGACCAAGACGAGAGCGUUUCGUUUGGUCAUUGCAAAGGUCUGAGUUCCUGGUCGAGCCUGUUUUUUCAGGUACUUUUCCAACGACUUAGGGUGUUCAUUCUACUGUGUAGAUCAUGUUCAUUUGCAAAGUAAACUCUCUCUUAAAAGAUGUCUCUAUAAGACAGACAUUUCCCUCAAACAAACACCUAGAGUUGACUCCCAGUAAGAUGAACAACCACGUAGUGUCAGUACCAAAGUUGUCCAUGUGGGGGAGAGUUGACUAUAUUUAUAGUCAGUUUGAAAUAGUGCAGUUCAUCACAUAAAUAUUGCUCCUCUAGCUCUUUUUGCAUUUGAGUCAAAACUGAGCACCUUUGAUCACCUGUCAAAGGGAAUGGCCAUUUAAGAAUAAAAUGAGCCUUCGGGGUACAAAAACCAAUGUUAUUGCCCGUUUCCGAUCCACAUGUAAAGGCAUAUAUGCACUUAAAUUGGCAUGCAGUUGCAGUGGCCCCAGUAAAGUAUUUUAUGCUAUGAGCAUGUGAAAACAGACACGUUUAUGUUUUUUUUUUGCCAGAGUGUCCUGAACAAGUCCAUGACAAUAAGACUCUUUAUGAGCGAUUACAGGAACAGAAACAGAAAAAGCAAGAUGAAUGGGAUGAACAGCAUCAGCUGAGUAUGUAUAGAGGGGGGUAAAGGGGUUAUUGCGUGAUACAUGAUUAAGUGUUUUUAAUUUUCGUGAAAGGUGAAAAUAGGAAAUUAAAACCUGUGAACUGUAACUUUUUUGCUUGUCGUGAUACAUGAUACAUGAACUUUAAAAUCUUUUACCCGAUAUUCGUGACUUUUAACUAAUUUUUUCGUGAAAUAGUCUCAACUGAAGACAAAUUCUACACGGACGCCAGUGGACCUUUAAAUGAACUUUUCUGAAAGGUCUUAAAAAACUCAAAGGCCAGUUAUUUAAACGAAGGUUAGCCAGUGGUUGACAAAACUGUGUUCUAAGCCAUUUUCAAAUUUUUUUAAUGCUUUUAUCUUAACACCGGUUAUGGUGAACGUUUCAUGGCAGCAACAGGGUAGACUAGGGUCGUAUAGGUCCCCAUAUGGUACAAUGUAUACAAUUUCCCCCUGACCCAUUUAGCUUCAGGUUAAUGUUAAUAAACUGGUAAGCAACAAUAUCAGCAAAGAUAGAUCUUUCCAGCGAUACCUCAUUUUGGGAUAUUCUGACUAACCCUGACAGAGUUACACUCACAAAAAAAGGUAAAAAAUUUUGGGGUAAAUUCCACUGCCAAUUUCGCUGUUUACAUACUACUCCUUGAAAAUUAAAUUCAUCCCUUUCCUAAAAAAUUAGUCAGCCACAAUUCCAUGUAAAAGAAAGACGAUAAAGUGGGCAACAAAACCGCCAAUAAAGAAGGUAAAAAAGAGAGCGACUGUGACCGGCUUUUUAACCCCGCUGCUGUUGCUGCUAUCCCCUAGAGAUGUUCAUGAUUGUAUUAAUCACUGGUAUUUCCUUUCAGAAAACAUGAUACGAGGUCUUGAUAGUGAUGAAACACUAUUCCUUGACCUGGUUUCUAAACAGCAAGAAGAAAUAGCCAGUCGGAGAUUUAAUGAAGAGACUCAGGAAAUAAGAGAAUAUAGGGUAUGUUAGCAGCUAUCACUGAAUUUGGAACCGUUAGGAUUUUCUCUUUACCCCAUCCAUUUGUUUCUUUGUCUAGUUGUACCUCCGUUACUAUAAUUAUUUAGCAUCUGGGUGAGUUGUUUGACAAAGUCAAUCGAUCGCACGAACAUAAUUUCAUUCUCCUUACAUUAGUGUACCAAAACAGUGAAGUGGUGUCCAUAUUGGUGUACCAAGCCAAUCUACUAGGAUUUGAACUCUUUCGUUAUAUAAACACUUUAAUUAUUUUGUUCUAAUGAAUUUGCAUAGCUACUGCUCAUGUGUCAGAGUGAAGUGCUCUAUGGGUAAAAUUCUUAACCAAUCUUAUAUGUGUAUUCCAUGUGUGAGAAAUAAAUCUCCAAACUGAAUUAAGACAAAAUCAUUACAAAUUCUGCAAUUUUUCUUCGGUCUGCAGGAUGCAGUUUCUCAGUUUCAAAGUACAGCAGCUGUGCCUGCAGACAUCAAACUGCCUGGGUCAGCAGUAUUAAAUAGGAAAUCUUCACAGGAGUCUGGCACCAAAAAAUCCCAGUUACAACUAAUUGCAGGAGCAAUAAAAAGGAAAGGGUAGGUUUGACCUGCAUUUAUAGUUUGAAAGACAAUUUACAAAUGAGUGAAUGGGUAAGGCUCAAAAGAAUUAGAAACUGUCUUGCUGCAUCAGUGUAGAAGUGGAACAAAAAAAAUUAGUUUUGUUUAAACUGAGUUGAAAAAUAAAUUCCCUGCAGCAGGGAAAAAGUUAAUUUUGGCUGGACUACCACAAAAAGGGUCAAAAGGUGACAUUUCAAGUCUUAGUCCAGCCAUUUGAGUUUGUUGCCAUAGGACACCUAAUAGACCUAUUCGGCUAACUCAAUGUUGUACCCAAUUCAAAACCUGUGGGAAUAAAACGUUUUGUUUCAGGAAUUUCCAUAGCAUUUAAAUGUGAAUGCCACAUUAUAAUGCAAAUACAAUACACAAAGAAUCUUAACCCCGACAGAUUUGAAUUGGGUACAACACUGAGUUAAUCUAAUAGGUCUAUCUCUUGUUAUUUUGUAGGAUUUUGUCAGAGCAAAUAGAGCACUUAUGUGGGUGUGUGGAAACAACAUAACAUGAAAACAAAAGUAGGGGAUGUGGAAGAAGAGUAUAGAUCUACUGAUUCUGUGGGGAUUUGAACUACCACUUUAUAAUAUUUAAGACUCUUUUAGACUAUGAGCAGUCUCUCUUUUUUCUUAGUCUGUCGAGCCAAAAUGUGGAAGGUAAGUGACCACAAGCAUGUGCACUCCCUUCACUAAAUCUGAUGAAAAGGAGAGACUGCUCACAGUGUAAUACUCUUUAUAAGGAAAGACCACAGACUGUCACAUUUUGCAUAUAUAUAUAUAUAUAAUUAUUCUUACGAUUUGUGAUAGUCAUGGCACAGCUAAUAAUAAGGAAACAUGCUCUUUGUUCUGAAAAUGUCUUGUUGUUUGUAAAAGUGACAAUAGAAAUGUUUCUUUUUUUAUAUGAUGGAACACAAAGUAAGGAAUGGAUGAAUAGAUUUUAAAAGGGAUGUAACAAGGAAAAAAACUCAGGGUGCAUUCACUUACCAUGGCUUUGAAGCAAUAUAUUAUAAAUUGCUCUUUGAAACGUUUUUUUUACCUCUUAACUCAAGCAUGUUGUCCAAUGGGCAAGAGUGUGUCACUUAACUGAUCCUAGGGCAAAUCAAAACUCACUCACAUGUGAUCAGGUCAUGUACCUUGAAGUCCCAGGAAAUCCAUGUGACUCUAGAGGAACACCAAGUUUGUUUUUUUUCUUGAUCCCCAAUGUUCUCUCACGGAAGCCUUGAGGAUCUCAGAGAAACAAACUUGCUGUCUGCCUUGGAACCAUCAAUUAUCUGCUUUUUGAUUAUCAGCCUUUAACUAAGCCAUUAUGUCUGACCAAAACCUCACCUUCCAGCUAUCUUGCUAAAUUUUUGUCAGUUUUUUCCUCGCAGUUGAAAAUCAUCUAUUCUUGCUGAUCUGAUGAACAUUGAAAGAACAUAAUUGAAGUAGCUUAUGAUAUAGUUUAGUUUUUCUUUUCUUUGAAAAGAGGAUUCCAUCUUAGGAGAAGAUAGGGAAAUAUGGCUGUAUGUUUUUUACAUGGUUGCUUUCAGGAAAGAUCAAGGUAUCAUGUGUGUCAUGCAUUAAUGUGACCUAAACAUCUCUUCUACUUUUUAUAGCAACAGCGAGAAGACAUCCCCACAAAAGAGAACAAAAGUUUGUGAGGAGGUUAAAGAAAGUAAGUUGGCUUUUACUGCCUACGGUACUUGUUAGGGUUAAUGUGCAGCAGACGUCACUGUUUUUCUAGCUCUUCCCCCUCCCCAUCACCUAAAGGUUGUAAUUGGACACAAGAGACCGGACUUAACAUCAGUAGUUUAAAGUGUGGCACUGUUAUGUUUCACAUGUUAUUUCAAGCUGUGAAGCAUAAUUCCCCUUUAACUCACAGGUACGUUGUACUCUUUGCUAUCUUCGCCAUUCAGCUGAAACGAACUCAACAUGAAAUAUGAAUGUGCCAACAUGUACACAGCCUGCUUCUCUGCUCUCGCCGGAAGGGUGACUGUGAAAUCCCCGUUUCCGAGAGUUAAAGUUUUAAUACUUGUCUUGCCCCGCUUUCGGGUUGUAGACGUCCAGUGCUUUUCACAACAGAAACUGUAACCCUACACUUCGGUGGGCAGUAAAGAGUUGGUAAUUUAAGUAAAAGAUCAUCAUUUCACAGGGGCACCCAACGACUAUUUUCUGUAAAAUAUCUGUUCGGAGAAGCAAAUAUUGUCUAGAAUUUUCCAUUACUUGAGGACGGCUAAAAAUUUCUAGAUGACCGUUCCAUUUGUAUACAGUUUUAAGAGCGUUUCUAAUAAAUUCCCAACGUUUUCCUGAGGUUUAAUUGUUCACAUUCAGUUCACUGCCCAGGUUAGGCUAUUUUUCGUACAAAAAAGGAGACCUAAAAUUUUCGGAUUAAAAAAUGUGAUGGAGAGGGUAAUCGGAGAAAUUAUCUCCGUCGUACAACGUAAUACGUUAAAUUGCAUCUAAAAUUUUCGGGAAAAUAACACUGAAGAUUUUGUAAUUUCGAAAGGACUCAGGUUCCCCUAGGAUAACCGAACAGAUACAAAAUUAAUCUUAAAGCGUCGUUUAGAAUGCAUUUUUAGAGAUCUAAAAGUACUCCGGAUAGCCUAAAAAGUGUUUUCAAUGUCUUUUGGAGGAAGCCGUCGUUGGGUGCCCCUGAUUACAGGAGUUGACCUGAGGGCGGUUACUCUCUCCAUGAUGUUAGUCAUAAGAAUAAAUUAUUUUAAAACUUUUAUUGCAUUGCAGCGGUUGCUCAUUGUAUUUAAUUACUCGUUUCAAUGUUUGACAUACUUUAAUGUUUUUCAAAUCAUACAGCUGUCGGCAAAAAUCAGGAGAACGAAAAUGUAUCAGCCACGCAACGACACACAAGUUUAGUUGAAAAUAAAACCAUGGAUCAACUUCCUGGCAAUGAAACUAAAACUGAAUCAGAGCAAAAUCAAGCAGGGGAGCAAAGACCGGUUAUUCCUGGUCUUGGGAUAUAUUCAGAUUCAAGUGACUCAGAGACAUCUGAUGAAUGA